CUGCUUUGGCAACAACCUCUCUCCAUUCAUGCUCGAUUCUCCCCUGGAACAGGGUCAGUAGCCUUGCCUUGAGAUUGGACACUGCUCCUACUGGUCUGGCCUUUUAUUUUGUCUCUUUUAACCUCACCCCUCGCGGAUAAUGAGGGCGCGUUAACCGUUUACACCGCCUGCACACCCAAUUGCUACUGACUUACCCAUAAUACUUACCCGCCCGUCCUUAAUUCCACUGUUGACUCCGGCGUAACCUUUACCGGUAACCUACACCAGAAGAGGGUAUCAGAACAGAGCUCUCUGCUGCUGUUAGAUCAGCAGCUUCUUUCACCAUGAGUUACGUCAAAAAGGAUGAGGACGCUGAUCAGGUCAUGAUCAAGCUCGAUCGGACCUCCGUCUUCCAAGAUGCACGUCUCUUCAAUUCCUCUCCAAUCUCCCCACGAAGAUGUCGAACCCUCCUGACCAAGAUCGCCGUCCUCAUGUUUACGGGGGAGCAAUUCCCCACGAACGAGGCGACCACUCUGUUCUUCGGCAUCUCGAAACUGUUCCAGAACAAGGAUCCUUCCCUGCGACAAAUGGUCUAUCUUAUUCUGAAGGAACUAGCGAACACGGCCGAGGAUGUCAUCAUGUCAACAAGCAUUAUCAUGAAGGAUACCGCUGUUGGUAGCGACAUCCUCUACCGAGCAAACGCCAUUCGGGCUCUGUGCCGCAUCAUUGAUGCCACCACCGUGCAAGGUAUCGAGCGAUUGAUUAAAACCGCUAUUGUCGACAAGACCCCUUCUGUCUCCUCCGCCGCCCUGGUUUCUUCAUACCACCUCCUUCCAAUUGCGCGCGAUGUCGUCCGUAGAUGGCAGAGUGAGACGCAGGAAGCUGCAUCCGCAUCGAAGUCGUCGACCGGUUUCCUUGGCUUCGGCGGCAGCUCUUCGAGUCACGCUAUCUCGCAAUCAAACUUUAUGACUCAAUAUCAUGCCAUUGGUCUCCUGUACCAGAUGCGCUCGCAUGAUAGGAUGGCGUUGGUGAAGAUGGUUCAGCAGUAUGGAGCAGCUGGUGUUGUGAAGAGCCCCGCCGCGCUGGUAUUGUUGGUGCGAUUAGCAGCGAAGUUGGCGGCGGAGGAUCCAGGCCUGAGGAAACCGAUGAUGCAGAUGCUCGAUGGCUGGCUCCGGCAUAAGCAUGAGAUGGUCAACUUCGAGGCGGCAAAGGCAAUCUGCGAUAUGCGCGAUGUAACCGAUGCGGAAGCGUCACAGGCUGUUCAUGUUCUCCAGUUGUUCCUCUCUUCUCCCCGCGCCAUCACCAAGUUUGCUGCCAUUCGUAUCCUCCACAACUUUGCCAGCUUCAAGCCUCAUGUUGUCAAUGUGUGCAACCCUGACAUUGAAUCACUUAUCUCCAACUCCAACCGUUCCAUCGCCACUUUCGCCAUCACGACACUGCUCAAGACUGGCAACGAGGCCAGUGUUGACCGCUUGAUGAAGCAGAUCUCUGGUUUUAUGGCUGAUAUCACGGAUGAGUUCAAGAUCACUAUUGUCGAGGCUAUUCGGACUCUCUGCUUGAAGUUCCCCAGCAAGCAGGCCGGUAUGCUGGCGUUCCUCAGCGGCAUUCUCAGGGACGAGGGUGGAUAUGAAUUCAAACGGAGUGUCGUUGAAAGCAUGUUCGACCUGAUUAAAUUCGUUCCUGAGAGCAAAGAAGACGCCCUUGCCCACCUCUGCGAGUUCAUUGAGGACUGUGAAUUCACCAAGUUGUCGGUCCGAAUUCUACACCUUCUCGGUGUGGAAGGGCCCAAGACAUCUCAUCCCACUAAGUACAUUCGCUACAUCUACAAUAGAGUCGUCCUGGAAAAUGCUAUCGUACGAGCUGCCGCUGUAACGGCCCUGGCCAAGUUUGGCGUCGGACAGAAGGACCCUGAAGUGAAAUCCAGUGUCUCCGUCCUCCUUACACGCUGCCUUGAUGAUACGGAUGAUGAGGUACGAGACCGAGCUGCCCUCAAUCUUCGUCUUAUGGCGGAAGAGGACGAGAUGGCCGGACGGUUCAUUAAGAACGAUUCUAUGUUUUCACUUUCUACGUUCGAACACCAGCUUGUCAUGUACGUGACAUCGACAGACAAGGAGACAUUUGCCGCGGCUUUCGACGUUUCCACGGUUCCUGUUGUCACACAAGAACAAGCAUUGGCCGAAGAGAGGACCAAGAAGCUCACAACUGCAACACCCACCCUCAAGGCUCCUUCUGCAGGCCCUCCCAAAGGCAAGGCCAACGGCGUCGCCGAGGCGGCAACCGCAGCGGCAACUCAGAAAUAUGCCGAGCAACUCAUGCAGAUUCCCGAGCUCAAGGCAUACGGAACUUUGCUGAAGUCCUCUGUGCCUGUUGAGCUUACUGAGAGCGAGACCGAAUACGUGGUGACAGCCGUCAAGCAUGUUUUCAAGGAGCACAUUGUGGUGCAAUACGACAUCAAGAACACUCUGCCCGAUACGGUACUUGAGGAUGUAACGGUAGUCGCCACUCCUUCCGAGGAAGAGGUCCUGGAAGAAGAGUUCAUCGUUCCCGCUCCCAAGCUGGCUACAAAUGAGCCUGGUAUCGUAUACGUCACCUUCAAGAAACUCGCCGGCGAACACAGCUUCCCUGUCACAUCAUUUACAAAUAUCUUGAAAUUUACCAGCAAAGAGGUCGACCCUACCUCCGGAGAGCCGGAGGAUAGCGGAUAUGAGGACGAGUAUCAAGUCGAGGACUUGGAGCUUACUGGCGGCGACUAUGUCAUUCCCACGUUUGCUGGCAGCUUUGACCACGUCUGGGAGCAGACCGGCGCGAACGGGGAGGAAGUCAGCGAGACUCUGCAACUCAGUAACACGAAGAGCAUUUCAGAUGCCACCGAGCAAUUGAUCACUGCCCUUUCUCUCCAGCCUCUAGAAGGCUCAGAUGUGGCUCUUAGCAACAGCACACAUACGCUCAAGCUCUUCGGAAAGACUGUGUCAGGUGGUAGGGUUGCAGCUUUGAUCAAGAUGGCUUUCUCGAGCAAGACGGGUGUCACUACCAAGAUCACCAUCCGAGCGGAGGAGGAAGGUGUCGCGCCUGCUGUCAUGGCAGCUCUUGCUUAAGGUUGUAUAUUGUAAUGGGUGCACGUUUCAGCAGGCGUGCACUAACGACGGAUUCUGCAUUUUCAUGAGACCAGAACCAUUUCCUGCGUUUUGUUCCUCUUUCCUUCAAUUGCCAGUUUCUACCUAUAAUUGAGGUGUCAAGCUAGAUGCGAUGAUUAUUUUGUGUAGUUGCCAAAACCCGUUAUCCGCUUGGUUUCUACAUCGUCUUUGAUACUUCUAUUCCAUACCUAUUCCCUGUUUUCUUCACCUUCUGGAUGUUCCGUACACUUGGUUCUUUCACCUUCUCAUAGCAUUACCGUCCCAGGAGGGCAGUAUUCUGACUUGAGGAUCCUUAGUUAGACCUUGGGUGUACUUAGUCGUCGAAGAAGC